AUGUCGGGCCGCUUCGUCCGCUCGUCGAAGUAUCGACACGUUUUCGGACAGCCGACCAGAAAGGAACAAUGUUAUGACAACCUCCGUGUGUCCAAAAAUGCAUGGGACACCAACCUCCUGAAGGUCAACCCCAAAUAUCUGUCUGUGAACUGGGAAGCAGGUGGCGGUGGAGCAUUUGCGGUGGUCCCUCUCCACGAGCGGGGAAAGUUCCCUGAGAAGAUACCCUUGUUUCGUGGACACACAGCCGCUGUGCUCGAUACGGACUGGAACCCCUUUAACGACGAUUUGAUCGCCUCUGGUUCGGAUGAUGGCAAGAUCUUUCUCUGGCGCGUGCCGGAGGGAUUCACUCUUCACCCCGAUGUUGAGCCAGACGAGAUCCAGGACGUGGCUCCUGUUGGCAAGCUGAGCGGUCAUCCCAAGAAGGUCGGCCACGUGCUCUUCAACCCCUCCGCCGAGAACGUGCUUGCGACCGCAUCGGGCGAUUUUUCGAUCAAGAUCUGGGACAUUGAGGCUGGCGACGCGAAACUGACCCUCAAGCUUGGCGACGUUGUCCAGUCGCUGUCAUGGAGUGCCAAUGGCUCUCUGCUGGUGACCACGUCGAGGGACAAAAAACUCCGGAUAUGGGAUGUGCGCCAGGAACGCCCAGCGCAGGAGACCCAAGGCCACUCGGGAGCAAAGAACAGCAGGGCGGUCUGGCUGGGUGAGCACGACCGUGUCGCGACGACGGGUUUCUCCAAGAUGAGUGACCGUCAGUUGGCUCUGUGGGAUAUUCGCGCCCCGAGAGAGCCCAUCAACGGCUUCAAAGUACUGGACUCCAUCUCUGGAGUUUGCGUUCCAUUCUGGGACGAGGGUACCCAGUGUCUUUACUUGGCUGGCAAAGGUGAUGGUAAUAUCCGAUACUUUGAGCUGGAGAACGACAAGUUCGAAUACCUGUCCGAGUACAAGUCGAGCGAUCCUCAACGUGGUCUUGCCUUCAUGCCCAAGCGUGGCGUGAACAUGCACCAGAACGAAGUCGUCCGCAUCUACAAGUCUGUGAACGACACCUACAUUGAGCCCAUCUCGUUCAUCGUGCCUCGGCGCUCGGAGGUCUUCCAGGACGACAUCUACCCACCGACGACUGGCUUGAAGCCCGCCAUGGGGCCGUCAGAGUGGUUUGCCGGCAAAGAGGCGAUCCCUCCGAAGAUCUCCCUGGCCAGUCUGUAUGACGGCGAAGGGCUCCAGGAGGUUACCCCUACUCUGGACAAGCCCACACCAACCAUGAGUGCUCCCGAGCCGAAGCCCGCUGAGCCUGCCAAAGCGCCAGAGCCCGCCCCUGCUCCGGAACCAACUGUGAUCCGCCCGCCCCCUUCGAUGAAGGAACAGGGUGCUUCGAUGGCUGCUAUGGUUUCCAAGUAUGCUGACGAAGACGACAAGGACGACGUGGAUGACAGCUCGAGCUUCGAAGAAGUGGCAAGACCAACCGAACGGGUUGUAACCACGCCUCCUAAGGUUGAAACCCCUAAGAUUGAAACCCCGACAGAAUCCGCCGCUAAGAGCAAGGAGGAGUCGACGAGCUCAAAGCCUGUGGAAGUUUCCCCGGUGUCUGCAUCCACCCCAGUGACGGUCACACCUACUAUAGUCGAGCCUACCAGCACCGUGCCUGCCGACGCUGUUCAGCGGGACAUCCAGGAGCUGAAGUCUCUGAUCGCGGAACAGACGAAGACCAUUGCCUCUCAGGCAGCGCAGAUGCAGCAGCUCACUGCUGAGAUCGAGUCGCUGAAGGCGAAGCUGGGCUGA